AUAGGUGCAGAGGGAAAUCCCUCAAGUCUACCUGGAGUGCCGCCAUGGAGAGCUCGGACAGGCGCAGCCACAGCCACUGCGGGCUGGAGCUCAGACCCAUUGACUUGCUGGAGCGGAAGGGCUCCCUGACCCUCCGCUCUCGGCACAAGAAAUACUCGAAGCCCGUGUUGGUGUGUUCCUGGCACCAUGACAGAGAAGCUUAUCCCAAAGAUUAUGAUAUAGAGGGUCCUGAGGAAGUAAAAAAACUGUGUAAUUCCACAUACUGGCGACUUGGAACCAGUGAGCCCCCAAUCUGGAUAUCAGAAGCACAUGAAAAAAUGGCUCAAGUUUAUUUAAACAGAGAAUUGGCUGAAAUAAAGAGCAAGGCUUUAUUGAAUGAGGACACAAUUACUUCUGGGAUCAUCGAAAGGGGAGGGGCAUUACCUAGCAGUGGGGAAGGCAGCACCUUCCUUAGACAUCCACCUGAUUUGUCAAAAUGGUGUUCAUUGACAACCUAUGGUGAAGAAUAUGUUCCACCACAUGAUUAUCAGCCACUUGAUUAUCCUUGUCAAGAUGAUUAUUCAGUAGUCCACAGAAAAUGCCGUUCUCAGUUCACAGAUCUAGAUGGUUCCAAAAGAUUUGGCAUCAACACUUGGCAUGAUGAAAGUGGGAUUUAUGCUAAUUUUGUAAAACAAAAACUCUAUCCAUUAACUGGUGGUCCUACUGUCCCCUUUUAAAAGUAAUGUAUGGAAUUGGAUUGUCAAACUAAUGAAAGACUAAAGAUGAAACAGUUGAUGAUUUUCUAGUCUAAUAAAUGCCAAGGAAAUGUUGCUAUACAAAAUACCUUUAAAAACAAUAUAUUCUAGACCAGUGUGUAAAUAUCUUUCUUUUCAUAAGCUACUCUGGCAUUUUCCAGUUUAGUAUGUGUACCACUGAGGGUAAACAACACAAUUCUAGAUAUACUUGGUGGAAUUUUAUUUUAUUUUUAUUUAUGGGUUGUGCAUUUAUUUUAAUUUUUAUUAGA